AUGACCAUGACCGUCCUCUUUGCGGUUCUCAUCCUCUCAGCUUUGGGAAGGGCCGCCCGUGACCGAGUAUGCAGCUACCAGGACGUCGUGGACCACCUUAAUAUGACCACCAACAUCAAAGCUUUUCAGCUGACGCGACCCGUUCUAGACCACACUCACCCCACGGUGGUGGAGCUCAACGUCAUCCUUUAUGCCAUCCUGGGCGUGAUUGAGAAAACGCAAACCUUCAUCCCGUUUAUCUGGACGUCCAUGGUUUGGCACGAUGAGCGCAUCUUUUGGGACCCCGCCCAGUUUUGCGGAAUCACAGAGCUUUCCAUUCCUAGCGACGUGCUGUGGAAACCAGACAUCUUCAUCCAGGAAAUGACAGAGAAGGACAACUCCCAUCCCAGCCUUUACCUGCUCAUACACCACAACGGAAAGGUCAUCUUCGAGCAGGACAUACGGGUGGUGAGCACAUGCAAGAUGGACGUGCACAAGUUCCCCUUCGAUACUCAGCAGUGCAACAUGUCACUCGGAUCGGCAUCACUCUGCUACGAUCAGCUGCGAGUCAUCCCCGUGGUCAACUCGUCACGGGCGACCGAGCAUUCCAAAGAGUUGCUGCAAUCUCAGGGAGAAUGGGAAUUCCUGCAUUUGUCCGUCACCAGCUACAAUCUCACUUUUGAUGAACGUGUGUGGGAGCAGCUGGUGUUCACCUUUGUCAUCAAAAGGCGUCCGCUCCUGCACGUCAUCAACUUUCUGAUACCAAUCCUCUUCUUCCUGUGCCUGGACCUGGCCUCCUACUUCAUCCCGGACCAGAGUGGCGAGAAGUUGAGCUUCAAGGUGACGGUGCUCCUUGCCAUCUCCGUUCUGCUGCUCAUCCUCAAUGACAUCCUGCCCUCCAUGUCCAACAAAACGCCGCUCAUAGCCACCUACUGCAUUGUCAUUUUCGCCCUGAUGCUGCUCAGCCUGCUGGAGACCAUCCUCAUGACCUACCUGAUGGAAGGGGUCGCCAUGGAGAAGCUGGCUCGCUGUGUAGAUAAAGCGGAAAAAGCCACCAUAGAUAAAUCCAACACAACGGUGUCAACUUUUUUAGAAGAUAAACGACAAGCGGGAUCUUUGUGCACGUGCGUGUCCGGCGGCGAGAAGCAGCACGAGAUGCUACCUGUUGUCGAGGAGGAGAACAACGGCUUGCUCAGCGCGGAAUCCCAGGCGUUACUGCUCGUCAUGGACGAGCUGAAGGAGCUCCAGAGGACGCUGAGCGUGCAACGGAACUGCAGAGAAGACAGAGGAAAGGCGGCGAGUCUGGUGUCCAAGAUCAACAAAGCCUUCUUCUUCUUCUACCUGGUCACCGCCUCUCUCUUUCUAUUGCUUUUGUACCUCCAGUGGACCAGUUAGACUCGAUUUUAUGUAUGUACAGUGAAACGUGAAUUUCAAUAUUUGCAGUUAUGUUUAUUGCAGGCGGCACGGCGGACGAGUGGUUAGCGCGCAGACCUCACAUCUAGGAGACCAGGGUUCAAUUCCACCCUCGGCCAUCUCUGUGUGGAGUUUGCAUGUUCUCCCCGUGCAUGUGUGGGUUUUCUCCGGGUACUCCGGUUUCCUCCCACAUUCCAAAAAAACAUGCUAGGUUAAUUAGCGACUCCAAAUUGUCCAUAGGUAUGAAUGUGAGUGUGAAUGGUUGUUUGUCUAUAUGUGCCCUGUGAUUGGCUGGCCACCAGUCCAGGGUGUACCUGAUACAUGUUUGUAUCAGGUGCACCUUUUGGGUGUUAAGUUGCUAUGUGAUGAAUUUAGUGCUGUUGGUAGUGACGACAUCAUAACUGUCACUGUACACUGGUAUAUUUGCACAUUUACACAUUUGGCACCUAGACCUCACAGCUAGGAGACCCGAGUUCAAUCCCACUCUCGGCCAUCUCUGUGUGGAGUUUGCAUGUUCUCCCCGUGCCUGCGUGGGUUUUCUCCGGUUUCCUCCCACAUUCCAAAAAAAACAUGCUAGGUUAAUUAGCGACUCCAAAUUGUCCAUAGGUAUGAAUGUGAGUGUGAAUGGUUGUUUGUCUAUAUGUGCCCUGUGAUUGGCUGGCCACCAGUCCAGGGUGUACCCCGCCUCUCACCCGAAGGCAGCUGGGAUAGGCUCCAACAACCCCCCGCGACCCUUGUGUGGAUAAGCGGUAGAAAAUGAAUGAAUUUGUUUGGACACUCCAGUGUCUUCACUGCUUUGGGUUUGCUUGUCUAAUGCCCCUGAAUCAGCUAAUUAAUCGAUCGAUUAAUUGAUCGAUUGGAUAUCUGUGAAAAAGCAUGUGAAAAAGCAAAUGUAGCCAAAACACUGGACAACACUAGCUUGUAUAUGCAGGGUGUACCCCGCCUCUUGCCCAAAGACAGCUGGGAUAGGCUCCAGCACCCCCCGCGACCCUCGUGAGGAAACAGCAGUAGAAAAUGAAUGAAUGAAUGUUUAUUGCAAUAAAUGCAAUAGACCUGUUUAUGACCUUCUAAAUACAGUUUUUAACAUUAGAACCCUCUAGAUAUGAAAUAACACCCUUAUACGCCUUACACUGUAUUACCGCUAAUAAAUAAAAAUGAGACAGAAUAAUUGGGAGAAUCAUAUGAUCAUAUGAUCUGUUGUCUGAUCAAUGUAACAUUACUGACACCUAUUGACAAGUGUAGAAUACUACAUCACACGCAUACAGUACCUAUUGUUAAAAACCUAUGGUUUUUCUCAUUUGAUUAGCUUCCCAUACGC